GUAACUGUCACCACACACGCCUGUGGUCUAUAAAUCCCCCAUGUCAACCCAUCUUUGCACUUUUCUUAACCCUACUACCGCCCAUUCCACAGCCGCUACACCUCUCGGUCACGGUAUUUUUUGGUCAUAUUCAGCAUUCACCAGCCGUCACCAUCCACUGGAUCAGUCCGGGACGUCAACCCGGCGCCUGGUCUCGAGUUGACAACC